GGUUACAAAAUUUUAUAUCGGGUGUGGGAUGAAACGACGCCCGCCUUUCGAAUUCAAUCCGCAAAAACGACGACCGAAAAUCAAAUUGAACCAUCACUUAUUGCUACGAUUUUACUGGCAACGGAAAAAACGGUUGGCCAGGAAAUGAGAGACGCACUAUCGCUCCUCACUUCCUCCACCGUCCUCCCUCCUUUGACCGGCCUCCCCAGCCACCACCGCCACCGUCAUCGUCCGCAUCACUCCUCAAGCCCCACCACCAACAAACCUGCGCCAAAACCUAACCCCAGGCAUAAACCCCAAAUUUCCACUUCUCCGCUUCUCUCCUCUUCUCGAUUGGACAAUCGCCAAUGCCUAACUUACUAUACCGAGCUAGCGUCAAAGCUAGCGGAGGACGGGAGGUUCGAGGACUUCCUGAUGAUCGCAGACGGCUUGGUUGCUGCGGGUGUGGAGCCGUCGGAACUUUUAGCUUUGCUGAAUGCUCAAAAGGUCUCGAGUGGGAUUGCGAGAGUGCUUGGUGAAGGAAAGCUGAACGAUGUUCUCGAGAUGCUGUUCAAUGGUGUUCGGAAGCUCGGAAUUCAGCCGGUGCAUCUGUUUGAUGGAGUUGCGGUGGAGUCGCUGAAGGGCGAGUGUAGUAGGUUACUGAAAAGCGGUGAAGUGGAGCAACUUGUGAGCUUGAUGGAAAUGCUUGCUGGAUUUCAAUUUCUAAUCAAAGAAUUGGUGGAGCCAUCUGAUGUUAUAAACCUUUGCAUCAAGAAGGGGGAUCCCACAGCUGCCAUAAGGUAUGCACAAAAUUUCUCUCAUGGGGAAAUGCUAUUUUGUUCAAUAAUUCUUGAAUUUGGGAAGAAAAGGGACUUGUCAUCUGCUCUCAUAGCCUUUGAAGCAUCCAAGCAAUAUUUGAGUUCUCCUAAUAUGCAUGCCUACCGCACAAUCAUAGAUGUAUGUGGUCUUUGUGGUGAUUACUUGAAGUCGAGGGCUAUUUAUGAGGAGUUACUUGCUGGAAAUAUCACCCCAAACACAUAUGUUGUCAACAGUCUUAUGAAUGUAAAUUCCCAUGAUCUGAGUUACGCACUGGAAAUCUACAAGAAAAUGGAAAAACUUGGUGUGACGGCUGAUAUUACGUCUCACAACAUAAUUUUGAAAUCAUGUCGUCUUGCUGCAAAAGUUGAAAUCGCCCGAGAUAUUUAUAGAGAGAUACGGAAGUUGGAGUCAAGGGGGGCUCUGAAAUUGGAUGUCUUCACGUACAGCACAAUGAUUAAGGUCUUCGCAGAUGCCAAAAUGUGGAAACGGGCACUGGAAAUCAAAGAAGAUAUGGUGUCAUCUAGUGUCAUUCCCAACACAGUUACUUGGUCUUCGUUGAUCAGUGCAUGUGCAAAUGCAGGUCUCGUGGAGCAGUCAAUGAAAUUAUUUGAUGAAAUGCUUCAGGCUGGAUGUGAACCCAAUUCCCAGUGUUUCAACGUCCUUCUCCAUGCCUGUGUCGAGGCUUGCCAAUUUGAUCGGGCCUUUCGGUUAUUUCAAUGCUGGAAAGAAACGGGUUUUCAACAAAGUGCUGGGGAUGAUAAACUGAAGAAUCCAGACAAAUUUGUUGCAAUGGACCAGAUGAGAGUUCCAAUAAGAUCUUACUCACACUUAACUGUGAGAAUUCCUUUUAAACCCACUACUUCCACAUAUAAUAUUUUGAUGAAAGCCUGUGGCAGUGAUUAUUUCCGUGCCAAAGCUCUGAUGGAUGAAAUGAAGACUUUUGGCCUUACUCCUAAUCAUAUAAGCUGGUCAAUAUUGGUUGAUAUUUGUGGAGGCUCAGGGAAUGUAUUGGGUGCCAUACAGAUAUUGAGAUCCAUGCGUGAAGCUGGUAUUCAACCUGAUGUUAUUACGUAUACCACAGCUAUCAAGAUCUGUGUAGAACAUAAGAAUCCAAAGCUUGCAUUUAUGUUAUUUGCAGAAAUGAAGAAAUAUCAAAUAAAGCCAAAUUUGGUGACCUACGACACUAUUCUUAGAGCUCGUAGUAGAUAUGGCUCACUGCAGGAAGUACAACAAUCGCUUGCUGUAUAUCAGCAUAUGAGAAAAGCAGGGUACAAACCCAAUGAUCACUAUCUCAAGCAACUGAUUGAGGAGUGGUGUGAAGGUGUGAUACAAAAUGAACAUCAGAAAAAAGUUAAAUUUGCUUCACGUAUAACAGAUUUUGGGCCUCAAAGCCUGCUGCUUGAGAAAGUGGCACAACACCUGCAAGAUAGCAAUGCUGAAUGUCUUUCCAUUGACCUCCGAGGUCUGAGCAAGGUGGAGGCUCGAAUUGUUGUUCUCGCAGUUCUGCGGAAGAUCAAAGAAAAGUAUAUUGCAGGAAAUUCAAUAAAAGAUGAUAUGUUGAUCGUACUAGGGAUACAGCAACUAGGUGAUAAUGUCUCCAAAGAUGAGACUGGAGUUGGGGAAGCUGUGAUUAGACUACUGCAGCAUGACUUGGGGCUUAAGGUUUUUGAAGCUGGUCCCAGAAUUGGGAAUGAUACAAGGAGAGAUCAAGGAAGCCCGACACAUUCAAAUUUGAAGUUGGAAGAAUUCGACAGAAGCAGCUUACCACACGCACCAGAAUCUCCUACUACUAGGAGACCUUUAGUUCUACAGAGGUUAAAGGUAACAAGGGAAUCGUUGCAUCGUUGGUUGCAAAGGAAGGUGGGUACAUCAACACCAUCACGAGUUCCAUGAAAAUAUAUUAUGUAGCGUUCAUUCUUUAUUCUUUCACACAAUAAGUGCAUCAUAUUAGCAUUGCCAAAAGGGGUCAUAACAAAAUUGAUUUCUAACUCCAUUUUGUGCCAUAUGUACAUGACUGUUGUAGUAUGAUAUGAUAUAAACCGCAUUGUAGUUCAGCUUCUCAGGUUCUAAUCUUGGUCAUUAUUUGCAUUUCCCUCAAUCAUGGGUGGAUUUAAAUUUCAAGAAAU